GUGUGAUCAUCCGUACCAUGCCGUGCCUCUGUACCAUGCGCUGGCUUGCUUGAAGAGUGGGGUUAAGGUGUGGUUCAAUUGGGCCAUACAGAAGUAGUUAACCGCGCCGGAGCAUGGACCAGUUACUACUUUUGUGUACUGCUGUCAUCAUUACAACAGCAAACUUCUAUUGCUACUUGAAUAGUAAACUUUUAAUUAAUUUAAUUCACUCUAGUGUAUUUAGGUUUAUAACUGGUCAGGUUCUUACCUUGUAUGAUCUUAUCCAGAUGAGAUAAAUAAGAGAGACAUACAAAAUGUGCAGUGGUGGGUCCCUUGGACUAGGUUUGAAAACCACUGGUGUAUUGAGAAUAAGGUAUGUAGACGGGAUGGGCAACUCUGGUCCCGGAGGGCCACUAUUUUUAGAGUUUAUCCUUGAUCAAACACACCUGCAAAAUUUUAACCCUAAAUCUUCAAGACUCCUUGAAAAUUACAGGCAGAUGUAUUUGAUUAGGGAUGAAACCUAACUCUGCAAGAUUCUGGCCCUCCAGGACCAAAGCUGCCCAUCCCUGAUCCAUAGGAUAGGAUAAGGUAUAGAUCAUACAUGUUAUUGGUUCUGAUGCUUUAAAUGUCUAAAUUGUUUUGUCCCUAGACCUGAUGGCACUGAAAGAGGCAAGUCAUGAACUUAAUGAAAGGAAAGAAGAGAAAAACCAUUAUGAUAAACAGCAUUUCACUUCUGGAGAAAGAUCGACACAGGCUAAAAAGACUUCCACACUAAAAAGAGCUCAAAAGACAGGAACUAAAGGUUAUUUCACCUGCCAGCAGUGUGGAAAGAGUUUCACACAUAAAGGAAACUUUAAUGUCCACAUGAGAAUUCAUACUGAAGAGAAGGCUUACACCUGCCAACAGUGUGGAAAGAGUUUUACUCAAAAAGGUAGCCUUAAAGUCCACAUGAGAUGUCACACUGGACAGGGUGUUUUCAUCUGCCAACAGUGUGGAAAGAGUUUUGGUGGAAAAGGAAACCUUAAAGUCCACAUGAGAAUCCAUACUGAAGAGAGCCCAUUUGCCUGCCAAGAGUGUGGAAAGAGUUUCAGACAUAAAGGAAACCUUAAAGUCCACAUGAGAUCUCACACAGGAGAGAAACCUUACACCUGUCAACAUUGUGGAGUAAGUUUCGGUCAACAUGCAAGCUUUAAAUUCCACAUGAUAAUUCACACUGGAGAGCGCUCUUUCACCUGCCAACAGUGUGGAGAGAGUUUCAACCGAAAAGAAAACCUUAACAGGCACAUGAGAGUUCACACUGGAGAGAAGCCUUACACCUGCCAACAGUGUGGAAAGAGUUUUUCUGAAAAAGGAAACCUUAAAGAGCACAUGGGAAUACACACUGGAAAGAGCUCUUUCACCUGCCAACAGUGUGGAAAGAGUUUCACACAUAAAGGAAACCUUAAAGUCCACAUGAGAUCUCACACUGAAGAGAAACCAUUCAUAUGUAGUCAGUGUGGAAAGAGUUUUAGAUUUAAAGAUAACCUUAAGUACCACAUGAGGACUCAUUAGAGAGAGAACUGGUUUAGAUGUCAGUGUAGAAAGAGUUUCACAAACAGGAAACGCUAUGAGAACUGUGUUAUAACUCUCACCAGAGAGAAGUUCCCAUGUCAGAGAGACCUGAAAUGGCAUUUGCAAACUCAUUCUGGAAAGAAACUGCAGUGCUUAUCAGUAUGACAAGGUUUAAAGAAGGAGCCAUUUCAAAAAUCAAUGGGUUUUUCUUUUGUUAUCACUUACAGAUACACCUGUAAAGUCAUACAGAUCUGAGGCUCUGCAAUUUAAAACAGCACCAGAAAAUAUGUAUCUUUGUGAAAUUAGGGUUAUACAUUUACAUUGCAGCUGAAUCUGAUUUUCCACUCAAAAAAUAAACUUAUUUCCACCUCUCUA